UGAUAUUGUUAUAUAUAUACACAAGUAGGCAGUCUGGGCGUGGCGAGUCUCUGUCUACUUCUCUUGCCAGCUUCUUCAAUAUACCUUUGCAGCAUUACACAAUACACAUCAUCCAUCUUACUUUUCUUCUCUCUUCAUUCAUUUCAUUACAAUCAGCCUGCUACACCACUUUUGAUUCCUGCAGAGGUUUAUUACAAUCGGGAUUCUGUGAAAAUUUGAGAAGAAGUGGUGAUCAAUUGAAAGAAGAUGGGAAGACAACCUUGCUGCGACAAAGUGGGACUGAAGAAAGGGCCAUGGACUGCCGAUGAAGACAAGAAACUCAUCAAUUUCAUUCUCACCAAUGGCCAAUGCUGCUGGCGUGCUGUCCCUAAACUUGCAGGGCUGUUGAGAUGUGGAAAGAGCUGCAGGUUGAGAUGGACAAACUAUCUGAGGCCAGAUGUGAAGAGGGGACUUCUCUCAGAGUAUGAAGAGAAGAUGGUCAUUGAUCUUCAUGCUCAGCUCGGCAACAGGUGGUCAAAGAUUGCAUCUCAUCUCCCUGGAAGAACAGACAACGAGAUCAAGAACCACUGGAACACCCACAUUAAGAAGAAGCUAAGGAAAAUGGGAAUCGACCCUCUAACCCACAAGCCUCUGCCGCCACCGGCCGCACCCGAUCAACCGCCGCAAGAACCACCAGCAGCCCAAGAACAACCUGAGGCUGCGGUGGCGGAUCAGAACAAAAUGGAGGAGUUGGUCAAUAUUCCGGCGAUGUCUGAUCAUGAGGCUGAUCAGCCCAAGCCCACCCCGUUGGAGUCAACCAUUAAUAAUUCAGAGUCAGCCAAGAAGAAUCUUGACGAUGACAACAUCAUGGAAUUAGUCAACAUCAACAAUGAUUUCUGCAUCGAUGAAAUCCCCGUGAUCGAACCCCACGAAAUCCUGAUUUCUUGUGACGAAAAUUCGUCGACCCCGUCAUCGUCGUCCUCCUCCUCAUCGUCCUCGUACUCGUCGAACGUGCUGGAAGAACUGCAGUUUUCACCUAGUUUCGAUGAUUAUUACAGCGAGAUCAUGGGCGGUAAUAUGUGGUACGAUGAUUUCAUGAGUGGUCUGGAUGUGCUGAUUAACCAAGAUGAUAGCGACCUGAACAGAGACAAUGUGACGGUUAUUGAACCUCCUUUGCUACAGUACCCGGUAAUGGUGACGGAUGAAGAGUGUUGGAAGUUUUGAGGUCUUUGUAUAAAAAGAACAAAAAAAAAUUGGUUAGCUCAGUGGAAAUUUUCUGUGUAAACUUUUGGUGAAUAAACUAAAGGCGAAAAGAUCCAGUAUAUGAUUAUCGUAUUUGUUUCUUAAUUUAUUACAACUCUUUCAUUUGCGAUUCU